CAUAGUUUCAAUUUCGGUUGAAAAUCUUUUAGCACAAAAUAUGCAUGAGAAAUAAUGAAGAACUAACAAAUACUGGUUAUAUCAUGCAGGGGUUUUUGGUGUUACUGAUUCCAAUUGCAGCGGUAAUGUUUUUGUAUAGAACUAUGUCCGAAAGAGCUGAACUUAAUGACUAUGUUGGUAACUAUUUGCAAAAUCAAAUUUUAGCGGAGGUUCAAACAAUAUCCGGAUCUCUAAUUCCUAUCAAUUCAUCAACGAUGAGUUUAGCUAAUCUUUUAUCCCUUGAUACGGCGACAUCUUUCUCUGAUAUCAGCGCAAUGGUUGCUCCAAAAUUGUUUCUUGUGUUCUCUGUUCUUCCUUUAUCACAGAUUUCUUACAUGCAACCAGAUGGUCAAUUCUUCUCCUAUUACACCGAAGAAAAUGAAACUUUUGCAUUGUAUUCGAAUACUUCAUUUGUUGAAACAAUGAUAGCUCCCAAUAUUCCGACUUCGUAUAACUGGUAUACUCACCCCGUAGACAGUAACACUGGUGUUCCAAAUGGGGACGCCAUAAGCUUGAGUGGGAAAGAAUUCUUUGUGAACUCAAGUUGGUUUCAAGAGGCAGUGAACAAUAGUAAUACUUCUUAUACAUUUGUAGGUACCAGAUGGGGCAAAAAUUUAGAACCGUUGUUUUUCUCAGCGGCUGCUACUAACGGAGGAGUAGUUUCUCUUGGCUUACCAGUGAAUGAUUUUGCAGAUGCCAUCAGAAGUGUAAACACUCUAGAAGGAACCCUGUUCCUAGCUACAUAUGAUGGGCUUAUACUCGCACAUUAUGGGAAUCUUAAUGGAAGUAUGCAAAUCAAUAAUGGUACCGUUUCUUUUGAAUUUAAGAAUGACGUCGAUUUAACAAGUAAAAUUGUUAAUAUUUCAUGUCAAGCUGCUGAUAACUUAAUGAGAGCUAAUGAUAUAACGAUUUACAAGGAACGGUAUAUGUUUUUUUGUGCACCCCUUGAGAUAGCCGGCAUUCAAUCUGUAUCCGUAUUGGCUUUUCCACACAAUGGAUUACUAAGACCAGUUUCUCAGAAUAAUCCGGUUUCAUUUUGGUUAAUGGUGUUCACCGUCGUAUCUAUGUUUUUGUCGCCGUUAUUCUUUGUAGUCUUAAUGUGCAGAGGCGCUAAGAGAGAAAUGAUUCUCUGUGCAACACUUAUAAAGCAAAUGGAAGCAACACAACAAGCUGAAAGGAGGAGUAUGAACAAGACCAUGGCUUUUGCAAGUGCUAGCCAUGACAUUCGUGGUUCCAUUGCAACAAUUAUCGGUCUUGUAGAUUUAUGUCUUGCCGAUAUAUCCCCUCGAUCUAGCUUGAAAAAUAAUUUGUCACAGAUGAAAGCUUCUUCAUUAGACCUUCUUGAUUUGGUGAACUCUGUGCUUGAUUCAACUAAGAUUGAAGUUGGGAAGAUGCAACUUCGUGAGGAAGUUUUUGAUCUAGGACUAGUUAUCGAGGAAGCCGUGAAUUUUGUAUAUCCACAAGGUGUGGAAAAGGGAAUAGAUGUAGUGUUAGAUCCUUGUGAUGGCUCAAUAAUGAAAUCUUGUCUUGUUAAAGGUGAUCGUGGAAAACUAAAACAGAUAUUAAAUAACCUGCUUAGUAAUGCAGUGAAGUUUACGAUAGAAGGUCAUGUCAUUCUUCGUGUUUGGGUAAAGAAACAAAGCUCAACAACUGCAAUACACAUUCCAAGGGAGAUCGGAAUAUGGAAUUGUAUAUCCAGCCUAUUUUACGAGAAUAAAGAAGAAGCUUACAUCAAUGCACUUCAUACGGUUCAACAAAAUGAAGUUUUGGAAGUAGUAUUUGAGGUGGACGACACAGGAAAGGGUAUCCCAAAAGAAAAGCAAAUGUCUGUUUUUGAAAAUUUUGUUCAAGUUAAAGAGACGGCUCUUGACCAAGGAGGCACUGGCUUAGGACUUGGAAUCGUUCAGUCUCUGGUUCGUCUGAUGGGCGGCGAGAUCAACAUUGUCAAUAAGGAACUUGGGGAAAGAGGUACUUGCUUUCGUUUCAAUAUAUUUCUUUCUAAAGGUGAAAACUUUGGUUCUCCUACCGACACAAUACAUUGUAGUCCCAUCAGGCACGAGUUGCAUCAACCAUCAGGAAUAGAUGCUAGAAAUCUGAGCCCCAUGAAAGAAUGCUCGCAUGUUGUACUCUUGAUUCAUGGUUACGAAAGAACAAAAAUCAUUCAGAACUUCGUGCAGAACCUAAAGAUCAAAGUUUCAGCAUUGAAUCAUUUUGAGCAACUUCCAUUUACUUUGAAGAAGCUUAAGAGAAAUUUUAAUUAUCUUAGCCACUUCAGCUCUUCUGGGAAGUCUGAGUUAAGUUUUGGACGUUUGAGUAAGUCGGCAUCUCACAAUUCUAAUAUGGGAGGAACACAUAAUGUAUCCCCUCUUAUCAUGAAAACUAGUACGGGAAAUUCAUCGCCAUUUAUUUUGAUUGUCAUUGAUGAUGGCAUAGAAUCUUUGUCAGAGGUAUGUUCAAUAGUUUCUGAGUUUAGCAAGGAAAUGCGUGAUUCUCAGUGCAAAGUUGUGGGAUUGACCUCUUCAUUUAGGAAGAGUAUGUUGCCUGACUUUUGUGAUCACAGUGUACAUAAACCGCUUCAUGGAUCCUGUCUAUAUGAGAUUCUAAGGCUACUACCAGAAUUUGGAAGUUUUGGUGAAGAAACUUCAACCAAAUCCCUGGAUCAAGUUGAAAUGAUCAACGCACAUGGAAAAGGAAAUGAUAUUAGAUCAAAUGCAAGUUCCCCAAGGCUCCAACAAGUACUUUGUGAAGGUAGUAGUACAAGUACUAAUUACCAAAGCGAUAAACCACUGAGUGGAAAGAAAAUCUUGCUUGUUGAUGACGAAACACUCCCCCGUAAAAUUUCGUUCUAUAAUCUUACUCGUCUUGGUGCCAUGGUUGAGUGUUGUGGAAGUGGAGAGGAAGCUGUGAAACAAGUACGCAAGUCUUUACAUGAUUAUGACCAUCACGGGGUCCAAGGAACUUCUAAAUCUCCUCCUUAUGAUUGCAUUUUCAUGGACUGUCAGAUGCCAAAUAUGAAUGGUUAUGAAGCUGCAAAACUAAUACGAAUGGAAGAGCGCGUUUACGAUAUUGAAACCCCCAUCAUAGCAUUAACAUCCAAUGACUCAAGUGAGGAUGAACCUGUAAUGGAUUUUCAUAUUACCAAACCACUAAACGAAGAAAAGUUGGCAAAACAUUGACAACGAGAGAAUGGAGCACAAGUCGAGCUGGAUUCCGGCAAAACAAACAGUCCGAUACGUCCUUAUAAAUCUCGUGCAUGCCUAAUGGUAAUUGUUUUUGUUAGAGAGAAAGCAAAAAAAAAAAAUUUAACAUGAAAGGAGUAGAAAUGGUCGUAACACUCGCAACUAUAUCUAGUAUACUAUGGUUACUGGUUAGGGAACUUUGAUAGUGCAAAACUUUUCUUGUUUGAUUUAC